UAUAAUUAUACAAAGUUCCUAUCAUGCAAAGCUGUAAAAGAAUUAUUCAUUAUGAUUUUCAAUAAAAAAUAUGAUACUGCCUAAGAACAAAUUCAUAAAAUACUUUAUUAGGAAAACCUUUUUUCUUAGUGUUCAAAGGAAUAUAUAAAAUUAUUGCAUUAUCAAUCCAUUUUAUAAAUAAACGAUCGAAAUUACUAAGAUGCAGAAAUCAAUAUUCAAAAUGCUAUGCUCCAAUCCAAAUUGAUAAAUGAAAAAGCUUACCAUAAUUAUUUGUAAAAUAUUCAAUAGAAAUAAGAACUUUGUAUUAUUUAUUAAUUUCUUUUACUAAUGUCAAUGAAAUACAUUGGAAAAUUAAGAAAUUUAAGAAGCAUAAUUUCUUAUCAGAUUUAUCACCUAUCUAAUAGGCUAAAAUCAUGAAUAGCUUAGCAGUAUAUAUUAAUAGUAAUCGAGAUUGGCAAUUUAUUCUCAGUUUCUAGUUCAUUAAUUGAUAGUGUACAAUUAUUAAAACAAGCAGCCGAGUUAUAACCAAGUUUAUCAUGUAAUUAUUCAAGAUAAAAUAGCUACUAAUUAUUAUAAUAUUGCAGCUAUUUAUUAUUUAUUUGGUUAAUCUUCAGAUAAAAAUGAUAUCAUUAUUGAAAAUCUAAUUUAAAGUUAUAAAAGUUUAAAACAACAAUCAUAAGAUGUUAAUAACCUUGAAGAUUUAUGGAUUUCUUACAAUUUAAUAGAAUCAAAUGAAUUUACUCAAAAAGAUAUUAAAAUAUUAUUGUUGUUGGCUUAACAAUUGUUCUUAAACAAAUAAACCAAAUUAGGCUUAUAGUUCUUAAACUUAAGUAAUAAAAUUAUAACUGCAAAUUCCGCAUUUUAAAUAUAUAAACCUGAAAUGAACUUUAUUUAUGCAGCCUAUUUUCUUGAUUAAAAAUAAGUUGAAAAUUGUACUGAUAUAUGUAGAACUAUAUUAUAAACUAACGUACACCCUGUAAAAUUUUAUUGAUAUUUAGAUUCAAGAUUAAAUUAAAUUGAAUUCUUUAAGACUUGCAAACAAAUCCACUACUAUAAUUACAAAACCAAUUGUAACCUCAUAAACAUAAAAUAAAAAGUCCUAUAGAGGUAUAAAAUUAAAAAGUGAGUUUCAGAACAUUGAAGCUUAAGAGAUUGAAUUAUAAAAAUAGUUCAAUCUUUAAAAAUCAUCUUCAUAUUAUUAUUAAUUUAAUUCUGAUUUCAAAGAAUUAUUUAAUAUUAAAUAUAUUGAGUUAGAUAUUAAAAAUAAAAUAGCAAAAAUGCUUUAGUGA